AUUAUCAUCAGAGCUGCUACACUUCAACAAAACCCCUGGCUAUCCAAACAUGACAAAUGCUACGGGGAACGAUACAGAGUAUGUCUAUGACUACUUGUACGACGCCAGCAUUUACGAGAAAGGAGACCUCCUCUACUACAUCCUCUACCCUAUCCUCGUUCCUGUUGGGGUCAUCGGCAAUUCAAUCUCUUUCGUCAUCCUCAUACAACUUUCACAGUCAUCUUCCUUCUUCCUUUACUUAUCCAUACUGUCGCUGUCUGAUCUGGCGUUUAUCAUCGUUGGGGCGAUGAUUGGGUGGAUUGAAGUCCUCGGAAACAAUCUAUUCUAUGAAGAUAUAUCAUCGUUCUUAUGCUCAGCGAGAUAUACCCUGGUUUUUGUUUUCUCCCAGUUCUCAUCGUGGAUCAUCGUUGCUGUCACCGUAGACCGUUUCAUUGCUGUUUGCUUUCCAUUCAAAGUGACGGAGUAUUGCACAAGACGGCGUACAGUGAUGACUUCACUGCUUCUGUUUCUGAUUAUUUUUGGCAUUAAUUUUCCGAACAUUUGCUUCAAGUGGGAAAAUGACAAAUGUGUUUAUCCAGAAAUAACAUUUGAAUACUGUCUCCAAUAUAGCAUCAUGAUAGAUUUGAUGGUUUAUUUUGUUGUUCCUGUUUGUUUGAUAUGUGUCCUAAACAUCAUCACACUUCGGAUGCUGUACAGUGCGUUGCUUAGAAGACGCAGGCUUGUAAACCGGAACCGGAAGAAGAAUGACAGCGAUGGUACCAAGUCGGCAGAUGAAGAUUCUACCAAACAAACGAUCUCCAUGCUGUUCGUUGUAUCAGGGGUAUACGUCAUCACCUCUCUGCCAAUGGCCUACGGUAGUAUGCUAGCAUGGAUGGAAGGUGCCCAGUAUAACACAGAUGCAGAUACAUAUCUUGUGAACGUUAUAUUGGAAUUGUCCAAUACCAUCAACCACUCCGCUAACUUCAUCCUUUACGGCAUAUCUGGUAGUACGUUCAGACAAAAGCUAUUUCAAAUGUUGCGUAUUUGUCAAAGCAGACAAGGAGAUGGAAAGAAUUCAUCUGUAAUUCGUUCUACGAAUACCGCCAGCACCUCAGCAGAUGACAGAAACAGAUCGGAGGACAUCGCAAAUAUCGACGUAAAAGAUGUUCAAUUACAGACACUUUAAUUACAUUUGUUUGCAUUAAAAUAGACAGCAUCGAUACUCCGGUGUUGACGUUCACUUUCGGUAUCUGCUCCCUUAUGUCAUACUAAAACUGAAGUCCCAGCCACCAGCUCGAUAAGGCAAUGGCGGGGUUCAAUACCGUUUAAUUUUCUGGCUUAAUCAGCUUAGUUCAGAUUCGUUUUUCCAUGUCACGAAUAAAUACAGUUAAUAGCUAUUUUUGUGCCUUUGACUUUGUAUGACAUAUUGUAUUGAUUCAGAUAGCGAACGUGAAUGUAACUUUGGAGUAUUGAGAAUGGAAAGCAGUACAACCAACCCAGUUAUUUAAACAGAUUGGAAAUUUGUUCAUACCGUUCCAAUGAAAAUGUACACUCAUGCAGACUAAUCAAUCGGCUGAAGUACAUGAUGUGACAUUGAUAUGGUGUUACUGAAUUAUAGAAUGUGAUAUCGGUAUGAUAUAACUUGAGUUCAGGAUGUGACAUUGGUAAAGUGUCACUGAAAUACAAGAUGUGACAUUGGUAUGGUGUUACUGAAGUACAGGGUGUGACAUUGGUAUUGUGUCACUGAAGUACAAGAUGUGACACUGGUAGUGUGUCACUGAAGUACGGGAUGUGACAUUGGUAUUGUGUCACUGAAGUACAGGAUGUGACAUUGGUAUUGUGUCACUGAAGUACAGGAUGUGACAUUGGUAUUGUGUUACUGAAGUACAGGGUGUGACAUUGGUAUUGUGUCACUGAAGUACAAGAUGUGACACUGGUAGUGUGUCACUGAAGUACGGGAUGUGACAUUGGUAUUGUGUCACUGAAGUACAAGAUGUGACACUGGUAGUGUGUCACUGAAGUACGGGAUGUGACAUUGUUAUUGUGUCACUGAAGUUCAGGAUGUGACAUUGGUAUUGUGUCACUGAAGUACAGGAUGUGACAUUGGUAUUGUGUUACUGAAGUACAAGAUGUGACAUUGGUAGUGUGUCACUGAAGUACGGGAUGUGACAUUGGUAUUGUGUCACUGAAGUACAAGAUGUGACAUUGGUAGUGUGUCACUGAAGUACGGGAUGUGACAUUGGUAGUGUGUCACUGAAGUACGGGAUGUGACAUUGGUAUGGUGUAACUGAAGUACGGAAUGUGACAUUGGUAGUGUGUCACUGAAGUACGGAAUGUGACAUUGGUGUGGUGUAACUGAAGUACGGAAUGUGACAUUGGUGUGGUGUCAAUCAAUUACUUGACAUGUAGGUAUUAUGUGAUCAGCCUUUAUACAUUACCUUGUGUUGUGUAUCCCUGAGACUGGAGGUACGCUCUCUGGGGUUGAUACCCCAUUUGUGGAGCCUGUCGAUAGCCACUUUGGGGUCCUGCUUCAUAUUUAGGUAAAGGUUCAUUGGGGUAAGCAGAAGCAGACUCCCCGGGUUGCAGAAUAGUCUGAUAUGAAAAUUGAGUUCCAUUUCCAGUCUUUUUACAAAUCAACUAUAAAUGGAAAUCAUUAAUUAGUAAAACAGCUACUUUGAAAUGUCAUAAUUUUCAGAAGUAAAAAGUAUAAACUGUGAAAUUCAGAAGACGUCUAUUUACACUGAAGAUGUAUCGCGUGUUUAUAUUGAUUGCUUGGUCUGUCUUAACCAUUUAUUCAUUUUACAACAAUUGCGAAACCGGGCCGCCUAGGUGAACAGCAAAUGUGUUAUCACUGUGCCACCCGAUCCCCUAGGUAUUCUAUUGCGAUCGUGAUACAUUAAAAAUAGAGUUCAAAGAAAGUCCAACCAACCAAAGUAACAGAUGAUGCUUUGCAGAAGAUAUUUGUGAAAUUCAAAUUGAUUUUCGUCCGAUUGUAGAUUGUAUUUGAUCCUAUGGCUACAAGUUCAAUAUCGAGACUAAUUAUUGCUUUUGUGAUUUGUGACAGUAGAAAACAGCUGCUGUUUUUGAUCAGAGAGGACCGUGUCAUAUUCACAUAUUCAAGCAACGAACAGUGGUUGUCAUGUUGAUAUAGUCGAUGAGACAGCAAGAUGAAUGGGGCAAAUGUCAUGGGAACCCUUAAGGACACCUAUGCUGUACUUUCCCACCAUACUUCUUGCUGUUAUAUCGACUAUAUCACCAUUGAAACCACUGUUCAAUGCCAAUGUUCACAUUGUCAUACUAUUUUCCCCAGCUUUGAAAAAUAGAAAAAAAAAUCCCUCGUAUCUAACAUCACGUGAGCCACAGGGUGUUAUAGGCGUAUGUUGGAAACUGAAUUUUGACAGUUGAAGUUUAUUUAUCGUUAUUCUCAAGAUAGUUUGAAAUUGGUUUGUCUAACUUUUCAUAUUUAUCGUGAUUUUUUCAACCCUAAUCGAUGAGAAAAAGGCCAGUUGUUGAAGUGUGUCAUCCCUCAGAUAUUUCACGGUUAUCCUCAGAUUUCUAAUGUAGAUUCCCCGUGAUUUUUAGGUGUGCAUAGUCAAUUUUGAGACAGAUCACAAAGCAAAAUGACCGACAUUCGGCCGUUUUAACACAUAGUAGGUGUAGACUUUUGUACGCCCGUCAAAUGACUGAGUUUCAGGUAUGGUGUCGCCUUCCGCCCGGCCGGCAUUUUGGAGAUCUCCAACAUUUUGCGCGAUCCCUUUGAAACCAAACUUGGUAGGUAUUACGAAGUUUUCAUGAAAAGAAGUUUUGUUCGACUAUUUUCGCAAAAGUUGAUUUUUUGUCCGGAGAUUCACUCCUAUAUUUUGACCGGUUUCUUUGCAACUUGAUAGAAUUUGAAAUUGUGUUUGCCUCAAAAGAAUUUUGAUUUUGAUAUUUCUGCAAAAGUUACUGCCCUUUGUUCAUUCCAGUAUUAUAGGUUUGAUUUUAAGUUAAGUUUCCCAGAAAAACAAAAAAAAAAUGUUUUUUUUAAGUAACAACCUUUGUUUAUUUCUAGUUUGAAUAUUGUUUACAAGUCUUCUACGGCUUCCAAUCAAUUUCUUUGAAACUUGGCAGGCUUUAUAAUCAUGAUAUCAAAUGAUGUUUAAUAAAAUGAAGCCAUUUAAUUACUCGUUUCUCUCAAACUGUUAGAUAAUUGAACAUUGACUUUAAAGUGAAAAGUGAGAUUUAUAGCAUAACCACUUUUUCAUAUUUUAGGAGACAUUGAAAAGACCAAAAAAGAUCAUAUGACCCCAUUGCAACGCUUUGGAUUUUAAAUAUUAUAAGGAAAAAAUAUAUACCUGCUUUUAUCUCACUAAAUUUCGUAAGAGCGACACAUUGUGUAGCCCCUCCUACAGGGUAAGGUGUGGUUUCUCCUUUGUCCUCUGAUCAGCGGAUACUGAAUGUUACUAGAAUAAGGCAUGUUGUAUCUCACCGGAUGUUGAUCGUAGUGCGCGGCGACGUAAAGAGGGCAUUUUCUUUAUUGACCAAAAUGGAUCUUCCGUCCUCAUUGUAACACUUAAAUAUUUCCUUUCUUUCCGCACUGCUCAAUCAUUCUGUGGUUUGUUUUCUUACUAUUAGGUUUCUCCUCGACACCCAUCUUCAUAUGACCUUGGUUGUUGCGAGGACGUUAAUUCCCUAAAAUCAGAACAAAAAUAAUAGAGGGUUACGUAAAACUAUCUUGUGCAUUCAGCAUUAGUAGCAAAGCAAUUUGAAUAAGUUGACUUCGUUGUUCAUGGCAAUAAAUUUUGUUCAUGCAUUUUAGACGACGUCCAUUGCAACGUAACACAUGAAUUGCCUCUCCCAUUGAGCACCUAUUGUGAUUUUACUGUAUCUGUAACUGUUCUACCUGUGAGUAUAUGGUUUGCCUUGCCAUACAUUUGUCAUGUUUUACCAACAGCAUUAUCGGCCCUAUCAUCUGACAAAGUGAAACGAAGGGAAGUACUGUUGAUAGAUCCGAAUGAUACAACCAUUGUACAGUAUCCUGACGUUACUCCGCUUUUAAUAAUCCGUUUUGCAGUACGCCUACUGUAAAAUGUUUCUUUGGUUUUAAACCAUCCAUUCUACCGUGAACUCAUUUCAUGGUGUCGUACCGUAUAAUAACCCUAAUCUAACAAUCGGCUGUGCUGUACCGUAAACUUAUGUUAACCUUUGUUUUUUUAACAUUAGCCAUACCCCAAUUUUAACAUUCCGUUGUGUGGUACCUUAAUAUGACCUCCGUUUUGAUAUUCAGUCGCGAUGUACCGUUAACUUACCCCAGUUUUAACAUUCCGUGGUGCUAUACAGUAAUAUGACCCCAGUUUUAAUAUUUAGUCGCGAUGUACCGUUAUCUUACCCUAGUUUUAACAUUCCGUGGCGAUGUAUCGUGAUAUGACCCCAAUUUUAAUAUCCCGUUUUGCUGUACUGUAAUCUUACCGUAAUUUAACAUUCCUUGUUGCUGUACCGUAAUCUUACCCAGGUUUAACAUUCCUUGGUGCUUUACCGUAAUAUUAAUCCAAUUUUAACAAUCUCUGGUGCCGUACCAUAAUCUUACCCCAGUUUGAAUAUCCCUUAGUGCUUUACCGCAAUCUUAACGUAGUUUUAAUACUCGGUGGCGCUGCACCGUAAUCUUACGGUAAUUUGACUGUGUGAAGUUAGCUCAACAUACGACAUACGACAUUCAACAUGCAAAAAUGUCGUAUGUCGUAUGUUGAGCUCACUUCACAGAGCCUCGAAAUUUAACAUUCCGUGGUGCUGUACCGUAAUAUUAACCAAGUUUAAUAUUCCGUGGUCCUUUACCAUAAUCUUACCCAAGUUAUAAUAUUCCGUGGUCCUUUACCAUAAUCUUACCGCAAUUUAACAUUCCGUGGUGUUGUACCGUAAUAUUUUCCCCAGUUUUAACACUUCUUGGUGCUGUACCGUGAUAUUACCGUAAUUUAACAUUCAGAGGUGCUGUAAUCUUACCCCAGUUUGGAUAUUCCGUGGUGCUGUACCGUAAUCUUACUCCAGUUUUAAUAUCCCGUGGUGCUGUACCGUAAUCUUACCCCCAGUUUGGAUAUUCCUCGGUGUCGUACCGUAAUCUUACCCCAGUUUGGAUAUUCCUCGGUGUCGUACCGUAAUCUUACCCCAGUUUGGAUAUUCCUCGGUGCUGUACCUUGAUCUUACCCCAGUUUAAUAGUCCGUGGUGCUGUACCGUAAUCUUACCCCAGUUUGGAUAUUCCUCGGUGUCGUACCGUAAUCUUACCCCAGUUUGGAUAUUCCUCGGUGUCGUACCGUAAUCUUACCCCAGUUUUAAUAGUCCGUGGUGCUGUACCGUAAUCUUACCCCAGUUUUAAUAGUCCGUGGUGCUGUACCGUAAUCUUACCCCAGUUUGGAUAUUCCUCGGUGUCGUACCGUAAUCUUACCCCAGUUUGGAUAUUCCUUGGUGUCGUAUCGUAAUCUUACCCCAGUUUUAACAUUCCGUGAUGCCGUACAAUAGGCGUUGAUACAUUCCUCGGUACUGAUGAUUCACGUUUCGAUGCAUCUCAGUUUUAGAGGCUACUUAUAUCGUCGUAUAUUUUUCGGUAUGUACAUUUGUUUUCGAUGUAUUAGUAUUUUGAUGUGCCUAUACAGCUAUUUAUUGUUAAGAUGAACACUAUUCAAAUCUUAAUUUGAUUAAUUGAAGUUAAAAAUAAUGAGCAAAUGUCUUAAUAUACGGUUAUUGGCGCGUUAUAGUCAAUUAUUUCUUCAAGAUUUGAAAUUUUCAAAUGAAUCUAUAUUUUUUUUAUCAAAAAAUCAUUUUAAUAGACCUAUCUUUUACAUGUCCUAUAUCUACCCUAUCUGUAUAUAGGCAAAUGCCCGUCCACAAAAUCACUGUUUUGAUCUAAAGAUUGUGUAACACAGUAAAGAAACUGUUCAAAUUAAAUUACAAUAAACAGCAAGAAUUAUG